GCCCCCUAGGGCCCGCCCCUUCCCGGGCCGCGCACCCGCGCGCCCCGCCCGCGGGCGGAAGCUGGAGCGAGGCUGAACGCCUGACGUCAAGGCGACAUCGCCAAACCUCGCCCAGAUUCAGGCGUGUAAACCAGCCGGAGCGGCGCGGCAGCGGCAGGACCGCCGUGGCGCCUAGAGUAGCGACCCAGAGGGAGCGCAGGGCGACGCUGGCUGCAGGGACCCGGUGACAGCGUGAGAGGUACUAGGUUUUGACAAGCUUGCAUCAUGCGUGAGUAUAAGCUAGUCGUUCUUGGCUCAGGAGGCGUUGGAAAGUCUGCUUUGACUGUACAAUUUGUUCAAGGAAUUUUUGUAGAAAAAUAUGAUCCUACGAUAGAAGAUUCUUAUAGAAAGCAAGUUGAAGUAGAUGCACAACAGUGUAUGCUUGAAAUCUUGGAUACUGCAGGAACGGAGCAAUUUACAGCAAUGAGGGAUUUAUACAUGAAAAAUGGACAAGGAUUUGCAUUAGUUUAUUCCAUCACAGCACAGUCCACAUUUAACGAUUUACAAGACCUGAGAGAACAGAUUCUUCGAGUUAAAGACACUGAUGAUGUUCCAAUGAUUCUUGUUGGUAAUAAGUGUGAUUUGGAAGAUGAAAGAGUUGUAGGGAAGGAACAAGGUCAAAAUCUAGCAAGACAAUGGAACAACUGUGCAUUCUUAGAAUCUUCUGCAAAAUCAAAAAUAAAUGUUAAUGAGAUCUUUUAUGACCUAGUGCGGCAAAUUAACAGAAAAACUCCAGUGCCUGGGAAGGCUCGCAAAAAGUCAUCAUGUCAGCUGCUUUAAUAUACUAAAUGCAUUGUAGCUCUGAGCCAGGUCUGAAGAACUGUUGCCCAAUUCAACAGUGCCAGCAUUCCAACUUUGUUAAACCUACCAACAUCUUAAAUGGACUUUCCUGUGGUGGUACCCUUUAAGAGGCGGAUGAAAGCUACUAUAUCAGUUUGCACAUUCUAAUCACUUUCCAGUAUCACAAGAGAGAUUUUUACUUAUAUAAUAGUCCUAGAGUAUGCAGCUGGUAAAACCAGAGGCUACAUCCAGUAUUACUGCUAAGAGACAUUCUUCAUCCACCAAUGUUGUACAUGUAUGAAAAUGGUGUACUGUAUACUUUAACAUGCCCCAUACUUUGUAUUGGAGAGUACAAUAAUGUAAAUCCUAAAAGCACCACUAUUUUAGCAUAAUAAAAGAAAGUCCAAAGAGCUCCUAUAUAGACUACUCCAGAUAACUUCGCUUCUUUGAUACUUGUAGCUUAUUGUAAUUUUUUUUAAGAAAUUCAAGGUCAUUAUUAUUGUACAAAAUAAGCGCUUUGAUUAACACAGCUAUAUAGUUUUUUUAAUUUUUAAAAAACCUGUGGAGACAGUGAUCUUGUCUUUAAAAUAUGAUAGUCCUUUCAGUAUAAUGUCUUAGAUUAAAGACGUUGCCUUUAAUAUCUGUUGGGAAGGAAAUGUCCAGACUUUUCAAAUCUCUUAUUAUAUGUUUCCUUUUUUUGUUUACAUAGGGAACAAUGUUUAUAGUCAUGUGUACAGUGGGGGUCUACAACAAGAAGUGUAUAUUUUCAAACAAUUUUUUAAUGAUUUAACAAUUUUUGUAAAUCAUUUUCAGGCUUCUGCAGCUGUAGAUUCUCACUGUGAAUCCCUUGCUUGCUCAUGCAUAAGUGUAUUUGCAAUACCAAAUAUACAGGUUUAGUAUUUUUGCCUGUUAGUGAUUGUUUCACAUGUGUAACGUUUUGGUUGAGAUGUUAAAUGGUGGACGAGUACUGUGGAUGUGAAUGUGGGAAGUAAUUUUAAUCAUAUGUAAUUGGUCACAAGGCCUAAUUUGCAGUAACUAUUGCUGUUUUAUUUAACAAUGCCUUGUUGCUUUGUAUGCAUUAAUGUUUGGAUGUAAAGAUUGUGUGUCUAUCCAACAGGGAGCCACAGUAUUUAAAUUGACCAACCUAAUGUUACAACUACUUUGAGGUGGCCAAAUGUAAACUAAAAGCCUUAAUUAAAGUGGUGCAAUUUUGUAUAACUUAGCAUCAGUAGUUCAAUAAAUUUGGAUUGCCAUGCAAGGGCUUGCAUUAUAA